GCAGUCUCCACCGCCAUUAUUUUCCAAUUUGUUUUGAUUUUGGCUUUUAGCUUUUGUAUUUUAUAUAUAGUCUGCUAUCUUUUGUGGACGCAGAGAUUAAUUUAAUAACGUCACCCACAUUCUCCUCUCUCUUUCCCCAUCGAAAGAGACCCACUAACCCAGAAAGAAGACUUGCAGGGUGGUUUUGUAUUGUUUCUUUAAGAUUUUGUUUUUCGAUUAUCAGGAUCGUGAUUUUUUGAAAUAUUUUGGCGACCAUGGGAUCUGCUUCCAUUGACCCUGCGCUUUUGGACGAUAUCAUAUCUCGUUUGUUGGAAUUCAAGAAUACGAGGGGAGCCAAGCAGGUGCUGCUGAUGGAGGGCGAGAUCCAUCAGCUGUGCACUGUUGCGAAAGGAAUCUUUCUCCAUCAGCCAAAUCUCCUGGAACUCGAGGCACCCAUCAAGAUCUGUGGUGACAUUCAUGGGCAGUAUGCUGAUCUUCUGCGUCUUUUUGAAUAUGGGGGUCUCCCUCCUACUGCUAAUUAUUUAUUCCUAGGGGACUAUGUGGAUCGAGGCAAGCAGAGCUUGGAAACAAUAUGCCUGUUGCUGGCUUAUAAGAUCAAAUACCCUGAGAACUUCUUUCUUCUGAGAGGAAACCAUGAAUCUGCUUCUAUUAAUCGUAUUUAUGGAUUUUAUGAUGAAUGCAAGCGAAGAUUCAAUGUGAAACUCUGGAAAACUUUUACUGAUUGUUUCAACUGUCUGCCUGUGGCUGCUCUCAUCGAUGACAAAAUACUGUGCAUGCAUGGUGGACUUUCCCCUGAUUUAACAAAUUUGGAUCAAAUUAGGAAUUUGCCUCGCCCUACUGAUGUUCCAGAGUCUGGUUUGCUUUGUGAUUUACUUUGGUCCGAUCCUGCUAGAGAAGUCAAGGGCUGGGGAAUGAAUGAUCGAGGAGUCUCAUAUACCUUUGGGCCAGAUAGAGUCUCAGACUUCUUGGAGACGAAUGAUAUGGAUCUUGUUUGUCGAGCCCAUCAAGUUGUUGAAGAUGGAUAUGAAUUCUUUGCUGACAGACAGCUUGUUACAAUAUUUUCUGCUCCAAACUAUUGUGGUGAAUUUGAUAAUGCUGGUGCAAUGAUGAGCGUUGAUGAAAGCUUGAUGUGCUCUUUCCAAAUUCUUAAACCUGUUGAGAAAAAGUCUAGGUUUCUCUGAGCUUUCUUGAAAUCCACUUGUGAUUUAAGGAGAAACAAUUGAAGAUUGGGAAAGUGGUGUUAGAGUUUCUUAACGAUUAGAGAUUUGCUGCAUUACCGAUUCUUAUCUGUCAGGCUGUUAAAAGGGGAAGGAGGAGCCUUUUAAUACCAUAGAAUAGUAUCACUUUACCGUGUUUUAGGGCUGCAGUGAAGGUGCAAACACCAUUUUUUUUAAUCAAAGUCCAACAAAAAUAUCGGUGAUUGUGUACAUUCAUUCUGGCCUGUAAAUGACAUAUGUAGAAUAUGGAUUCCACUGGAAGAGUUUCUGGUUUUCAUAAAACAAGAAUCUUUUU